CGACACGUCGAGGAGCCUCUAGAGUUUCAACGCGAGUCCUCCAGUUCUGCACAUAUUAUGGAUCAAGCCACGAUUCUCUACCGUACAGACAAGGAUACCAUGCGACAUUAAGACCUUUUUGCACGGAUUCAGAACCCGUAUCGUCCGUCAACUUAUAUCUUACCCAUCCUCGACGAAACAUCAACCCCCGGAGGGAUGACGGACGCCCAAAUAACGGAAGAGGAGUUACAACAGAGCGUGGUAGUGUCCGAAGAGGACCUCGAAUCCGAGGACACAUGCAUUAUGCGACAUCUGGACGGAAGCUCUCUAGACCAGAACGACACCACGGAUAUGGCUUUUUCGUCGACUAGCCGAGGCGCCGACAACGGCCCGUAUUCCCCCCCAGCGGCAGGGACAGAGGACGUGACAAUGGCGUCAAAUAUCGAGGCGAAAUUUGAACGAAACGAAGACUCAGAUGGCGAAGAAGAUGCGGAAGGAGAAGAGGAUUUCCGCCAAGGGAAUGCAAUGGUAGUGGAGACCGAUCAACGAUAUUCUGAUGAACCUGUGUCCGACGACGGAAGUCAGAGCAGUCGUUCGAACCACAGUACAAAUGGAGACAGCGAGGAGGAGUACAGUAUACGUGGCGAUGUGGGCAAUGUUGUGCGUGGAGGAUCUAAGGAUGACCAGAGUGUAGAUGGGCUCGAUAUGGCAGGGAAGGACGAAAGCGAUUAUGACUCUGUUUCCCGGAGGAACACGUCGGAAGAGUCUGAUGCGGAAGUGGCAUGGGAAGAUGCGCCAGAAUGGGACGACGAAGACGAAUCAGAAGCGCUGACGCCCAACCUCUGCGUGUUCUGCAAACAAGAGGAAGAACACGACCCCGGAGAAGAGUUUGAAGAGCCUUUGGCAUGUGUGGGCUGCGGGGAGAGCUCGCACCAAUAUUGUGCUCGAGUAGCCGGUUCUUUGGGGCAAUCUGGGGACACCCGCCAUUGGAAAUGUCCCGAGUGCGCGUCGUCGGAAGAUGAUGCUAAGCUCCCCGUUGGUGCAGUCGACCAUGCGAGCAUACAUGCUUCUCGAACCUCCUUAUCCUCUACACACUCAACUCAACAACAAGCAAUGGGAAGCCUACAGUUGGCCCAAGAUGGGCUUGGUGGACACAAUGACACAAGUUCUGUGGGCGGCCCAGGCUUUAUAGACGGCGACUCCCAGGACGGAUCCCGGUCGCUUCGCAAGCGGAAAGCAUCAUCGUCCGUCGGAACGGAUGCUACGGCCAUGUCGCGUCGCAGACGUCAGGGACGGGUUCCUGACGAUCGAAAAUAUAACUCUGAUAAUGCGUCACUACAUACACGCUCGGAGACAGCAGAUGGUGAGCGGCCACGCAAGUUACGCCUGAAAGUUGGACGUAAUAAAUCGGCUGUGACCAUAACGCGAAGGGGUCGGAGGAUGGUCGUCAAAAUGCGUCUUGACCCAGAUAUGCUGCGCCAAGUCGUAUCCGAAAAGUUGAGCACAGGCCGAAAACGAAAAACCCAAACCGACGGAAGGAGGGCAUCGCGAGCACCACCCGUCAACUGGGAGGCGCCCCUCAUGUCUUCCACCGCACCUCAACCAUUCUAUUCUUUCAUGGAGCGGGAAACCGAUGAGAUGAAAACUAGACCAUACGGGGGGAUCCUCAACGAUGCCGAGGCCGACACAUCCAAAACCCUACCCACCAACGACGAUCGAAAGCGAUUUGACGAGGCAAAACAGAAAGCCGAGGAGGAGUGGCGAUUACUGCACGUCGUCAAGCAUGGCGACGAUGCUCCUGAGAAAGGCCGGAAGCUCAAGAAAAAUUCCGGACCUGCCAGCCACAUCGAAUGCAUUGAGUUCGGCGGCUGGGAAAUUGACACCUGGUACGCUGCACCAUAUCCAGAGGAAUAUAGCAGGAACCGCAUUCUAUAUAUCUGCGAAUUCUGCUUGAAGUAUAUGAAUUCGGACUACGUGGCUUGGCGGCAUAAACUCAAAUGUCCCGCCAAGCACCCUCCUGGAGACGAGAUUUACCGACAUGGCUCUGUGUCGGUUUUUGAGGUUGAUGGGCGAAAAAAUCCUGUCUACUGCCAGAACCUUUGCCUACUCGCGAAGCUCUUCCUCGGGUCCAAAACGCUCUAUUAUGACGUCGAGCCAUUUUUAUUCUAUGUACUAUGCGAGUAUGACGAACUCGGAUAUCACUUCGUGGGUUAUUUUUCGAAGGAGAAGCGAGCGAGCAGCCAGAACAACGUCUCCUGCAUCCUAACGUUGCCAAUACACCAGCGCAAGGGAUAUGGCAAUCUCUUGAUCGACUUUUCCUAUCUUCUCACCCGAGUCGAGCGGAAAACGGGCUCACCCGAGAAACCCCUGUCCGACAUGGGUCUCGUGUCGUACAGAAACUAUUGGCGACUAGUCAUAUGCCGGUAUCUACUGGAAUGUUGGCACGAUGCGGAGAAGAAUGACCGCCCUGCAGGGUUGAGCCUCAGACAAAUUUCCGACGACACUGGAUUAACGCCCGACGACGUGAUUGCGGCCCUGGAAGGGCUGAGGUGCCUGAUUCGGGAUAGUCGGACCGGCCUCUAUGGUUUCCGAGUAAACCUUGCCUACUGCCGCGAGUACAUGGCCAAAUGGGAGUCAAAAAAUUAUGUCAAGCUUAACCCCGAGGCCCUGACGUGGACACCGUACGUUAUGGGACGCGGCAGUGCUACCAAUUUCGAGUUGGGUCCCGCCAUAACCGCCAUCGCCCCUCGCGAGGAGGACGAGGGUCGCGGGGUAGCGGGCGAAGCAUUGGAGUCCUCGUCGAAUCACAUUCCCAAUGGGCUCGAAGUCGGGCCUCCGGACAAGCUACUCACCCCUGUGCGUGAGUGUGGCUCGUUGGAAGGUUCGAAAGAGACAAGUGCUUUCAACGACGUUGGGUCAAGUUACACACAAGUCAGACCGUCCACUGAGCCACGCGAUAUGUCAGAUCAAGAAAUGACAGAUCGGGUUGAAAGCCUGCCACCUGGACAAAGGGAGACUGGCUCUAACUGUGUCGAGACGAAAAACUGGGCUGAGGCUUACAAGGACAUCCCGGUGUCGAGGUUCGAGGUAUUCCCACCACUCAGCGGCCGGCGCACCGAUCGACCCCGAUCUACAAUUGCGCAGCCGACGAAGGCACACUCUUCUGGGAGAAUCCCAAGGCUGCAGCGUUCAGCAGGCAGUAGUGUACGGCGAGCAGCGGUUAGGAGCACUAAACCCAACAAUUCGUCACGCCGCAAAACCGGCGGGACAGGCCGUGGCCCGGGCCGUUGGCCUAAGGGCACUAAAAAGAGCGACUACGGGAAUGCUGCCAGUGGUCCUGGGUUUCCCCCUGCGUGGAUUGAGGAAAGGCGCAAGCUUGCUGAACUUAAAACCAAGAAACCAACCGAGGAUGAAGCCUCCCCGAACGUUGAUGCUUCUCAGGCAAUGGACACGGUUCGGGUUCGAUUUGAUGGCUCGGAAGCAGGAUCACACCCAUCUGGGUCAUCGGAGGUGCCCGCGACUACCGCCACAACCAACAUAACCUGAAUCAACUGCAACAACGACUAAAAUACCCGCUGGAUACAUUCCAGGAUGGUCGGCGUAUUUUGAAUGACCAGGAAAAAAGAAACCAAAAAUUGAUUCUUUCAUUCAAAUAGACAAAACCUGCGGGAAAGGGGUAGCAAGUCGUUCUCGGCGUAUCCUGCUUCGCAACUUGGCUUAUCCAGACCAUGGCCAAGAUCCAGCUUUGCGGAUGCGGUGGAGUGGGCGACGAGGACCUGCCGUGGCGAUCAACACCCGUCUAAUCAUAAGGUACAGAACGCUAGGACAACUGGCUGGCCUGUAGGGGAAAUUGGUAUUUAUCUUUUGUGCAUGGAGCAACAGGAGCGCGGCGUGUGUUGAUGGGAUCGUAUUGGCCGGUGAUUGUCUGGCUUGCUUUUUAUUUUGACGAGGCUGAAAUAGUAGGGCGUGAAUACCAAAUGUCAAUUACGUGGAAUACACGAAGCUUCAUAGCCUUCGCUUCGCAGACAGUAAUUAUGGCU